CUGUAUGUGGCUCUCAAAUGAUAACCUCAAAAUAGUAAAGGAAAUUUUCCUGAUCAAACUGAUCCAUAUCUCUUUCACACACACUCCCAAAAAUAGCUACAAGAACCACAAAUAGUGCAAUAUCCAUGGUAAACAUUGCGUAUAUAUUGAGUUAAUUCUCAACAUUAAUCACAACAUUAAUCUUUCAUUCAACUAUUUCUCAUAAUCUUCAAUUCAUUCAGUUGAUUAAUUUCAUAUUCACAAGAUAAGAUGGACUCUUCUAACAAUGCAAGCUACAAUGCUGGUCAGAUCAAGGGCCAAACCCAGGAAAAAGCUAGCAACUUGAUGGACAAGGCUAGCAAUGCUGCCCAGUCUGCCAAAGAAUCAACACAAGAGGCUGGUCAGCAGAUGCAGGCAAAAGCUCAAGGAGUUGUUGAUUCUGCAAAGGAUGCAACAAACAGGAACUAAUUAUGUUUGAUGAAUCCUGAAUCCGUCAAUUUUUAUUUUUUUUAGAUAGGCGAAAUGACUGUUGUCAUCGCUUGAGAAUUCAAUCACAUAAGUUGAUAAUCUAGGGUUCGAACACUUAUCACGGUGUUCGAUCUUGCAAUUUCAACAAUUUUACUAGUUACUAGGAUUUGUGAACGUCAAC